AUGAAGAUCGCAUCCUGGGGGUCGGCUGAACAUAUCCCGCGUGGUAGAUUCUGCACAAGCCGUCUGGGAGUUAACGAGGCAGUGUCAGUGAUAAGAAAGACUUCACAAGACAUUUCGGCCAAAUUUCAGUCGUCUAAAGAGUACACAUGCAUCUCUCUACCACAGAAAGAGUGUGGGGAGGCUCUGGCACCUGUGUUCCGGCGAGGAAAUGUAACAAAUCCUCUUGAAAGAGGUUCAUGUCCUGGUAAAAUGGUCUGCUGUCUCGACGAAAAUGGGGGUGGAAGAUCUUUAAAGACAGACGGAAAAGAUGAAUGUAAAAACAGGAAUGGAAGAUGCGUAGGAGAAGGGAAAUGCGAAGAAAAAGACGUCCUCAAGAAAGUUGAAUGUAGCGGGCAGAAUGAAGUGUGUUGUCGCAAAGUAGGUGGAAGAUCAUCAAAGAAAAACGGAAAAGAUGAAUGUAGAAACAGUAAUGGAAGAUGCGUGGGAGAACAGAAAUGCGGAGAGAAAGAUGUCCUUAACGUUAAAUGUAGCAGGCAGAAUGAAGUGUGUUGUCGCAAAGGUGGAAGAUCAUCAAAGAAAAACGGAAAAGAUGAAUGUAGAAACAGUAAUGGAAGAUGCGUGGGAGAACAGAAAUGCGGAGAAAAAGACGUCCUUAACGUUAAAUGUAGCAGGCAAAAUGAAGUGUGCUGUCGCAAAGGUGGAAGAUCAUCAAAGAAAAACGGAAAAGAUGAAUGUAGAAACAGUAAUGGAAAAUGCGUGGGAGAACAGAAAUGCGGAGAAAAAGACGUCCUCAAGAACGUUAAAUGUAGCGGGCAGAAUAGAGUGUGUUGUCUCAAAGGUGGAAGAUCAUCAAAGAAAAACGGAAAAGAUGAAUGUAGAAACAGUAAUGGAAGAUGCGUGGGAGAACAGAAAUGCGGAGAAAAAGACGUGCUUAACGUUAAAUGUAGCAGGCAAAAUGAAGUGUGCUGUCGCAAAGGUGGAAGAUCAUCAAAGAAAAACGGAAAAGAUGAAUGUAGAAACAGUAAUGGAAGAUGCGUGGGAGAACAGAAAUGCGGAGAAAAAGACGUCCUCAAGAACGUUAAAUGUAGCGGGCAGAAUAGAGUGUGUUGUCUCAAAGGUGGAAGAACGUCAAAGAAAAACGGAAAUGCUGAAUGCGAAGACAAGAAUGGAAGUUGCGUGAAAGAAAAGAAAUGUGAAGAAAAGGAUGUAAUCAAGAAUAUUGGAUGCAGCGGGCAGAAUAAAGUGUGCUGUCGUAAGGCCAUCACAGGAGAGAAAAGAGGUUCAAGGAUGGACGGGAAGGAGGAGUGUAAAAGUAACGAAGGGAAAUGUGUCGGGGGAAAGAAAUGCAAGAACAAGGACACCAUCACGACGAUUGACUGCGGUGGAAAGAAAGUUUGCUGCGUCGGCUGCAAAGGAUUUGAGAAGGGAAAAUGCUCGAAGAUAAAGGGAAAAUGUAGAAAGGGACCAACUAAAAAGAAAACAGAAAAGAUUGAGAAUGGUUGCAAGAUUCCUGGAUGCUCAUGCUGGGUCAAACCUUGCAAAAUACUUCAAGCUUGCACGGAUGGAAAGGGUACAUGUGUCCGAAAGAAGAAGGAUUGUCCAAAUGGCAUACUGAUGAAACAAUAUUGCAAGGGGAAAAAGUGCAAAUGUUGCCUCCCAGCUUCUACGAACACAACCUUGCCUCCUACGACCACAACCGUGCGUCCUAUGAACACAACCGUGCUUCCUACGAACACAACCAUGCAUUCUACGAACACAACCAUGCAUUCUACGAACACAACCAUGCAUGAACUUGCGUUUUACUUUUUUGAACUUUUUGGCCCUUGCCCUUUUGACUUAUUUGCCUUUACGACCACAUUGCUACGGCCAAUAUCACCACGCCUCUAUGAUGCUAUUGCUAUGAACACACGCCUGCUACACAACCACGCUGCUAUGAACACCAACCACACAACCACUGCUUGA